GUAGGCCCAGAACCGGCCCUUCGGGCCCAGCGGCCUCCAGAGGCGGAGAGAAGGAACCCAGGGAAAGGAGCUCGCCGGAGGAGCAGCCCCUGGCCCGGAGCCUCGGGAGCCCGGGGCGGGUCAGCGAGUCCCAGCGGAGUCCACCUUGAUAGCCUAUGCUUUGCCAAGAGCAGCAGAAAAUGAAUGAACCCCAGGAGCCAGUGUCAUUCAAGGAUGUGGCUGUGGAUUUCACCCAGGAGGAGUGGCGGCAGCUGGAUGCUGAUGAGAAGACCACCUACCGGGACGUGAUGCUAGAGAACUACAGCCACCUGGUCUCUGUGGGGUACGACAGCACCAAACCCAAUGUGAUCAUCAGGUUGGAGCAGGGGGAGGAGCCUUGGGUAGCAGACAGUGAACUCCCUCAGCAAUGUCAUCCAGAAGAAGUCUGGAAAGUUGAUGACCUGAUAGAGAUAAUCCAAGAACAUGAAGACGAAUGUUCAAACCAAGCUGUUUCUAUCAACAGCAGAACCCCGAUUGAAGAAAAAGAGAAUGCAUUUGAUAAAAUGUAUAGCAUGGAAACAAGCCUUGUUCCUUCAAGCGUACUCUCUCAUAAUUGUGUCUCAUGUGGAAAGACUUUGGAAUCUGCUUCAGAAUUAAUUAUUAGUGAUGGAAGCUAUGCAAGAAAAAAACCUAAUGAGUGUAGUGAAUGUGGGAAAACAUAUGAUGGAGGGAAACUCUAUGAAUUUCAUCAAAACAGGGAAACCUGUUCUCAGAAUGAAGAAAGUAUUCAGAAAAUUAAUAUUUUGGAGAAACCCUUUGAAUAUAAUGAAUGCACAGAAGCCUUAGGCAAAGAAGCCGUUUUCAUUACUCAUAAGAGAGCUUAUAUAGGGGAAAAGCCCUAUGAGUGGAGUGAUUCUGGCCCAGACUUCAUCCAGAUGUCAAAUUUUAGUGUAUACCAGAGAUCACAAAUGGAAUUGAAGCCCUUUGAAUGCAGCGAAUGUGGAAAAUCCUUCUGUAAAAAGUCAAAAUUCAUUAUACAUCAGAGGGCUCACACAGGAGAGAAACCUUAUGAAUGUAAUGUAUGUGGGAAAUCCUUCAGCCAAAAAGGGACCCUCACUGUUCAUCGGAGAUCACACUUAGAGGAGAAGCCCUAUAAAUGUAAUGAGUGUGGGAAAACGUUCUGUCAGAAGUUACAUCUCACUCAACACCUGAGGACUCAUUCAGGCGAGAAACCCUAUGAAUGUAAUGAAUGUGGGAAAACCUUCUGCCAAAAGACACAUCUCACCUUACACCAGAGAAAUCAUUCAGGAGAGAGGCCCUAUCCAUGUAACGAGUGUGGGAAAUCCUUUUCACGCAAGUCAGCCCUCAGUGACCAUCAGAGAACGCACACAGGAGAGAAACUUUAUAAAUGUAAUGAGUGUGGGAAAUCCUACUACCGAAAAUCUACCCUCAUUACACAUCAGAGAACUCACACAGGAGAGAAACCCUAUCAGUGUAGUGAAUGUGGGAAAUUCUUUUCUCGGGUGUCAUACCUCACUAUCCAUUAUAGAAGUCAUUUAGAGGAGAAGCCCUAUGAAUGUAAUGAAUGUGGCAAGACCUUCAAUCUAAAUUCGGCCUUCAUUAGACAUCGGAAAGUUCACACAGAUGAGAAACCCCACGAAUGUAGUGAGUGUGGAAAGUUGUCAUAUCUCACUGACCAUCACACAGCCCAUUUAGGAGAGAAACCCUAUGAAUGUAGUGAGUGUGGAAAAACCUUCCUUGAAAAUUCAGCCUUCAGUGGGCUCCAGUCACUUCCCAAAGGAGAGAAAUCCUAUGAGUGUAAUAUAUGUGGAAAAUUGUUUUCUGAGUUGUCGUACUAUACAAUACAUUAUAGGAGUCAUUCAGAAGAGAAGCCCUAUGGAUGUAAUGAAUGUGGGAAAACCUUCUCCCACAACUCAUCCCUCUUUAGACAUCAAAGAGUACAUACAGGAGAGAAACCCUACGAGUGUUAUGAAUGUGGGAAGUUUUUCUCUCAGAAGUCUUAUCUCACUAUACAUCAUAGAAUUCAUUCAGGAGAGAAGCCCUACGAGUGCAGUAAGUGUGGAAAAGUUUUCUCUCGGAUGUCAAACCUCACCGUACACUAUAGAAGCCAUUCAGGAGAGAAGCCCUAUGAAUGUAACGAAUGUGGGAAAGUCUUUUCUCAGAAGUCAUACCUCACUGUACAUUAUAGGACUCAUUCAGGAGAGAAGCCCUAUGAAUGUAAUGAAUGUGGGAAAAAAUUCCACCACAGAUCAGCUUUCAAUAGCCAUCAAAGAAUUCACAGGAGAGGGAAUAUGAACGUACUUGACGUGGGAAGUCUCCUCUGACGUCAAAUCUCAUUUUAGAAAACCCUCUGCACAUAAUGAGUAUGGGAAAUCCAGUUGGGAGUCACAUAUCACUGAGAGUUCAUGUGAGGCAAAGCAUUUAGGCAUUAGAUUGAGUUUAAUCUGAUUUUUCACAGAGGAGUAUCCCUAAAAGUGCAGCAAGAAGCAAAGCCUUUAGGAAGACCCUACAACUUGUUGGACACUAGGCAAUUUAUACAAGAGUGAAACUAUAUAAAUAUUUAAUAUUUAUUUUGGAUUCCAAUUAUAUUUACAUAUCAGGGAAUCAUGCCAAGUCAAAAUCUAUCAAGGUGAUGAAUGUGGAAACAUGUUGUUUUGAAAAUUAUUAUACCAAAAGCCAUAUUUCUGAUAUAAAAUCAAAUGUUUAUAAGAAAGGUAUCAGAAGCUCUUAGCUCUGAAAUAAACCCUCAUUGCAGACAAUGAAGUUUUAAAAUCUUUGGGAGUCCAUAAUGAGGACAGUAGCAUUAAGUACAUAUAUGGCAAUUUCUUUCAUGUUUCAAAAUGUGGUUGAUAGUACUUCUAUGCAAUUCUAUGCAAUUUGGAUUUGAAUGAUUUUUGAAAAGGCAGUAUUCUUGAGUAUUAAGAUGGCAAAACAUUAAGGUAGAAUAUAUUGUUGGUGAGUUGUUUGAUAAGUACAAAAUAGUACAUAAUUUUAUAUUUAGAGGCAUUUACAAAUGAGUUUUUAGUGAGUGCUUCAUCAGUAGAGGAGCCAGUGACCUUUGUGAAGUUUCCAACUGCAUUUGAGCAAAAAUAUUUUUAAAAUGCUAUUUUCAUAAACUAUGCAUAGAUCAUAGUCGGUUCAGUGAAGGACAGCUCUACUGCUCAUACUCUGUAAGAUAUGUCCAGCUCUCCUGCCACUCAUUUUUAACCCAUAGGUUUAAGUGUGCACUCUGCCACUGUCAUGUAAUUCAGAAAUCUUAUUUGUGCUUUUAUUUGAUUUGAAUACAGUGUCAUCAUUUUGUACACUGCCUCUUAUUCCCAAUAUUUUGGAACAAAUUGUAAAUACAAGUUUCUAGCAGACAUUUUCAGUUGAUUAGCUCCGAUGUCCUUUCUCCCUGAUUACUUGCUGUAAGAGUUCAGGUAUCUACCAUUUCUUCACAUGACACAGAGGGUAAAUCCUGAGUAAUCUAAAACCAAUCAUGAUAAUUUCAUUCUAAUUGCCAGAAACCCAUUUAUAGUGGUUACACGACCAGUUCCCUGAGCCGAAAAAAACAAAUGUGUUCUGGAUUCUGGAAAAAAGAUAGAUAAAAACAGUGAUCAAAUGGAUCUUACUCCAGGAAUGUGAGAGUAUUUUAAUAAUAAAAUGCCAAUCAUUGUAAUAUAUCACUCUGAAGAAGAGUAUUCUAGUAUGCGGGGUCCAUUUGUGUUCUUAGUUCUAUGGGUAGAAAGGAACGUACCCUUUUUUUUGGGUAAAGAAUAUCUUAAACUACAACAGCAUAUCAGAAGGUGAAGAUGAAAAUUUCUCCCAAGAUCAAAAAACUAGAUGAUGGUACCUGCUGUCACUAGUUUUUAUUCAGUAUUGUGCUGAAGAACCUAGCCAGAAGAGUAAGGGGGGAAGAAGAGAAUGAAAAGGCUUAUGGAUUAGAAAAAAAUAAAACUUUUACUUUCAGAUAACAUGAUUUUGGUACAUAGAAAAUCCUGGGGAAUAUACAGAUAACUGGAACUGAGUAAAUUUAGCAGAAUCCCUGCACACAAGGUCCUUGUGCAAAACUUGGUUUUUAAUAUACCAGCAGUGAACACAAAAUGAGUAGUUUUAAAGCAAUACCACUUAGAGUAGUAUCAGAAAUCCUUAAGUGCCUGGGGGGGGGGGAAAUGACCUAACACUGUAUUUUCAAGAAUUGUAUCCAGAAAAAAAAUUACAGAACAAUGAGCUGUAUAUAUCCUGUUCAUUGAUUCCAGGACAGUCUUAAAAGGUGUCUGUUUUCCCCAAAUUAAUUUGCAUAUUUGAUGUAACCUUAAAAUCCAACAAGUUUUUUUUUACUGGAAAUUCUGAAUUUCAUAUAAAAAUUCUAAAGACCAAGAGUCAAAGCUAUCUUCUAGAAUAGAACUAGAGGGAGUUCCCAUCAUGGUGCAGUGGUUAACAAAUCCGACUAGAAUAGAACUAGAGAACUUCUAGUGCCAGACAUCAAGAGUUGUAGUAAAGCCCAAAUGUGGUAUUGAUACAAAGAUAAGUUGACCAGUGGAACAAAAUAAAGGUUCCAGAAACAGCCACACAUAAUUCACUCACUUUUGGGAAAGGUGAUAAUAAAAUGUGGGAAAGGCUGUUCUCUCCAGUAAGUGCUUUGUCAAGUUUUGUGAUUUAAUAGAAAAUGGAAAAAUCAAAUUGAGAUGGAAUGCAGUUUUGAGUAUGAAAUGUGAAAUAAAGCUUUGAAGUUCUCUUUGUGG